AUGGCGAAUCAAUUGAAUCUGAACCUCGCUCAGGAGUGGGAGUCGUGGAAAACCCCCGAGACCAAGGACGUGCAGCCAGCCCCAAAGCCCGGUGAGAAGGCGCCGGUCAAUGAGAACUUCACACUGAAGACGGACAAGCCAACCCUCAUUGUCUUUUUGCGUCACUGCGGGUGCCCAUUCGCAGAAAAGACCUUCAAGAAGCUCACAUCCAUCUCCUCAAAGUACAAGGAGGAUCUGCACUGCGUGGCGGUAUCGCACUCGUCGCCCGAGGCCACGGAGCGCUGGGUCAUCCAGGUCGGCGGCAACUGGGAGGUCGAGGUCGUCGUCGACCACGAGCGCGAAAUGUACGCCCAGUGGGGCCUCGGCGUCUCAAACACCUGGCACGUCCUCAGCCCCCUCUCGCUCUACCGCGUCUUUCAGCUCGGCAAGCAGGAGAACAUUUGGAACCGCGCCACCGAGAGCGGCAACCGCUGGCAGACGGCCGGCGCCUUUGGCGUCGACGCCGACGGUACCGUGCGCUGGGUCCAGGUCGCCGCCUCGGCCGACGAUAUGCCCAACCUCGACGAGGCCGUGCGGACGCUGGGCAUCCAGCCCAGGAAAUGA